GCCAUGUUGAUGUGGAAGCAUAUAAUGAUUAUCCGUUCUGCUCUGUAGCAAUUUUACGGGUAAAACAGGACGGCAUUUUCCCUUGUACUGUGAUAUUUCACUUCUCACCCCCGAUAUAUAUCGUUAUAGUAAAGCAGAGCAUAAAGCAGGCGCCAUUUUCCUGUAGCCUUAGGCUGUGGGGAAAGUAACGGUGCGACGAUCACAUGAUGAGGACUCCCAGAAACCUCUGCGGCGCUCAAUCGGUUUCCAUUGAUGUUUAUAGGAGCGGCUAUGAACGGGAGCGUCUCAUGACGGAGCCUCAGAAUUGUCACUGCUGAGGUCCUUGAAUGGUCUGGGUCCUCUCCAUGACUGAUCGGCUGAGGAUGAAGACUGACAAUGAUGAGAUGACCAAGAGGAUACUAAGUGUCACCCUGGAGAUCAUCUACCUGCUGACCGGAGAGAAUUACGGACCAGUGAAGAAGUCCACCAAACCUUUGAGAGGACAUAGCAGGGCUCAGAACCUCACAACAGGGUCUCCUCCUCACUCACUGAUACAAAAGAGACACCAUAAGAGCAUCCUAGACCUCACCAACAAGAUCAUUGAGCUGCUGACAGGAGAGGUUUCUGUAAGGUGUCAGGACGUCGCUGUCUAUCUCUCUGUGGAGGAGUGGGAGUACUUAGAAGAACAGAAGGAUCUGUACAAAGACGUCAUGAUGGAGAUUCAGUCGCCCGUCGCAUCACUGGAUGGGUCCAAUAAGAGAAUCACAGUGAAGAGAUGUCCUAGUCCUGACCAUCCACAGGAGUCUACAGAGGAAAGUCACAGCGUCCCCCAGGAUGAUCAGGAUGGAAGCUUAAGAAUGAUUAAAGUUGAAGUUGUGGAGUCGGAUGUAUUAGAAGACGGGGAGGAUAUGGAGGAGCUUCCUACGGAUAUCAGCCCAGAUGAGUCCAGUAAGAGAAAUGCAUCGAAGGGACAUCCCAGAAUGGCCGAUCCACAGGAGUCUACAGAGGAAAGUCCCAGCGUCCCGGAGGAUGAUGAAGAUGGAAGCUUAAGAAUUAUCAAAGUUGAAGUUAUGGAGACGAAGGUGUGGGAGGAGGAGGAGGAGCCGUGUGAUCAGAAGACUCUGGCAGAUAUCAGCCCAGGUCCAGCCUCGUCCAGUCUGGAUAACAUAUUCCCCUGUACUGAAUGUGGUAAAUAUUUUACCCAUAAGUCAAAACUUAAUAGGCACAAAAGGACCCACACGGACGAAACUCCAUUUUCAUGUACUGACUGCGGCAAAUGUUUUAAACACAAAACUUCACUCGUCGACCACCAGAGAAUCCACACGGGGGAAAAGCCCUUUGCAUGUUCUUACUGCGGGCAGAGAUUCGCCCAUAGGUCCAUUGUCAUCGACCACGAGAGGACUCACACGGGCUUCAAGCCCUUCUCAUGCUCCUUUUGCGGUCAGAGCUUCACCAUGAGAUCCACGUACGUGAACCAUUUGAGGAUCCACACAGGGGAGAAGCCAUUCUCCUGCACAGAUUGCGGCAAAUGCUUCACCCAGAAGUCUGCACUUGACAAACAUCGGUUCCUUCACACUGGCGAAAGGCCGUUCUCGUGCUCUGAGUGCGGGAAGAGUUUUUCGAGACGAUCGCUUCUUGUAGAACACGAGAGGACUCACACCGGGGAGCGGCCAUUUUCAUGUUCUGAAUGCGGUAAAUCGUUUGCCCACAAAUCCACCCUCUCUGCGCACAAAAUAAGCCACUUGGGGCUGAAGAUGUUCUCCUGUUCUCAGUGCAACAAAUCCUUCACAACCAAAAAAGGUCUUGUAAGACACUGGCAGAUCCACGCAGGAGAUAAGAAAUGACGAUUCACCCAGUAGGGUGGCAAGUGGAAUCUCACCUGAGAUUGUGGGUGUGGACCCAAAAUGAUGGGCGCAUUAGAAGAAAGAGGGAUCUGAUCUCCUCAGAGACCCAAACUCAGGGCCCAUCUAAGAUGGCUCUUGUGGUUGCAUUCAGGAACAGUCUCCACCAUCAGGAGUUAGCAAGCAUAGGAAUCCCUUGCAACCCUUACACCUCCAAGGACAACCUGUCAUAGGGUGGAAGCUCUCUUACUUUGAGGGUGGGCACCUGGUAUUAUGGAAGCACUGAACUGUAUAGACAUUGCAGAAGCUAAAACUCCCGAGUUGGCAGAGAAUGUUCUGUUCCCUGCGCUUGCUUGGCAGCCUCUUGGCAUUGAGCGCAGUCGUAGACAUCACUGGUGGUGUUUUGGUCUUAUCUGAAUUGUGUUCUCUUCACCCCUCUCUGAGCACCCCCUCUGAUCAGCUGUUUGACGGGGCCGCGGCAGUUGUGCGCGCUCUUCAGUGUUCGCCUGCACGCCGUCUACAUUGCAGCGGGGGUGCAGGGUAACGCACUUUCCUAUCACUUGAGUGGGAAGAACAGCUAUAAUUACCCUGCACCCCCGCAGUGUAGACGGGGCUCAGGUGAACACGGUGCAGAGUCAGACCCCCAACGAUCUGAAGAUACAUCAUCAAUAUCAUAAAGCUGGAAUACCUCUCUAUUCUCUGCAUCGAAAACCUGUUCCCGCUUGAAACUUCCCCAAAAAUGUUUGCCCCGUUCUUCUCGAGUUUGUGAUUAUCCACCUUCACUGUGACGCUCAGGACACUGAUCACAUUCUGCGGAUUCUGAGCUGUUCUGUUGGGGUAAGAACAGAGGGUCCGUCUGCCCCCCACCGCCAGACCCUGCUCACGUGGCCAGUGGCAGCACAGUUCUGAAGGUAAUGCCUCUGCGUGUCGGUUACAGUUUCUGUUUUUAAGCCCCCCACAGGGGAGAGAAGUGAUUUCUGCCUUUUGUGUGGGAAGGAAUCAUGUAUCUAAUUCUGAUUAAAUGUCAGCAGAAGAGGAAGAUUGUGUUUACUGUGUCUUUAAAUGUCCCUGGUGGUGACGGCCAUAUCAUACACCUCCUUCCUGUGUGCGCUUUACGGCAGCUGCAAUGACUUCCUGUGCAGCAGGGUGUGUGUGCGCUUUACGGCAGCUGCGAUGAUUACAAAUUAAUGUAAAGUGUAUGGAGCGGUGAAGCCGCGGUUAAUUGUUGCUACGGCAUCUGAGGCGGCUUUCCCUGGGAACGCCGCGCUCU